CACUAUUAGCAAUCCACAAACCGAAUAUUUUAAAAACAAUAUUUGAAAUUACGUCUUUUCAAAAUGAGAUGGUUGUGUCAAUUCGCCGUUUAAUUUUCCACAAGUGACCUUUAAAACUAUCAUAGCUACCGGCACUGGUAUAACUGAAUGGAUUAAGGUUUUAUUGAUUUUCGUGCCGAUGACACUGGACAGGUCCGAAUACAUAGUCGGCUGAAUGGGAAAGUGCGUAAAAAUCAGUAUUUUCCGUAUUUACUGUAUACAGUGACUUAGUCUUUGCCCGUCGCUGCAACGCGAUGUCGGACAUUUUCCUGUGGAAAAGCUAAAUAACCGUUGACCGGACAGCGCACUACAUGACGCCGCCAGCUGACCGUGUUCCCGCUUCAUUUCUUUCCGGGACGUUGACUGUUCGGCUGCGCCUGGCAGUUUUAUGGGGAAUAUGCUGCCGGUUCACAUAUAUGUCUUCAUCGUCAGCAUUUUAUCCCACACGCUUCCCGGAUGGUGUCAGCGCUACAACGCAUCGGGGCCGUUAAAGUGCCAGCAGUGCACGCACAACUUCACCGCCCUCACCGCCAACCGCGGCCUGUGCCCGGCGACACCGACCCCCGAGAACAUCGGCUUCCGCUUCCAACGGUCCUGCGAGGCGGCCGGCUUCGUCUGCAUCACCGAGUUCAUUUACUACGUUAAUCCCGACAAGUACCCCGACUACGGCUACCGCAUGGACUGCUUCCCGGAAGGGCAGUGCAUGGGGAGUUUCAUCACGCGGUUGAACGCGUCGGCCGCGCUGAACCUGCAGCAAGGCCAGAGUAUGCUGUGUUUCAAGUGCGACGAUCGCGACUACUACGCCAACAAGAUAUUCGGCUAUCCCUGCCAGACCCGGCGGUUUGAGGAGAACCUGGCCGUCUUCCUCAGCAAAGCCACGGAUUUCGCCCGCGCCGAUGGGGUGUUAAAUUCCGCGCUGCAGCGAACGGCCGCCGGCAGCCGUGUUUUUCUGUUGUUUCUCGUAUGUUCUACGCUAACCUUUCGUACAACAAAAUUGUGACCUUUACGCUGAUCGUUUGUAUAAUAAAUUGUGACCUUACCGAUGACCUUUUCUA